AUUCACGCCGGACGCAGUCACCUUCUACAAUGAGCAAUUAUAUAAACUUUUAGCCAGGCUCACAUGGCACCCAGUCUCACUCUAAACAAAGGCCGCCCCGCCUCCUGCCUAAUCUCCUCUGACGCGAAGUUGCACGAAUGCAAGCGGAGCAGUACGAAGCAGGCAGCCAACUAGAUGUCUAGGAUAGAAGGGUAGGCGGGGCUAUAAGAGAAAAGCCGUGUGCCGCUCAUGUUUCUGAUCGCUGGGGCAGUGGAAGUGUAGGGUGGCAAGGACUGUACCGGUGCAGUUAGCGUUUCUCUGCGCCUGGUUUCGGAACACUCGAAAGCAAAGAGAAUGCAGCCGGUGCCGAAGGGAAGAAAAGCGAACCCAGCGCAGAAUGCCAACUUGUGCUCCAAAGUGUUCUUCUGGUGGCUCAAUCCAUUAUUUAUUCUUGGCCACAAGCAAAAGCUUGAAGAAGAUGAUAUGUAUGAAGUGCUUCCAGAAGAUGCCUCGAGGAAACUUGGGGAAGAACUGCAAUGGUACUGGGAUAAAGAAUUACAAAAAGCUCAGAAAAAAGGAUGCAAACCUCGUUUAACGAAAGCCAUCAUCCGUUGUCACUGGAAAACAUUUUCUGUUUUAGGACUCUUUACAUUCUUGGAGGAGGCAGUGAAAGUGGUCCAGCCAAUAUUUCUUGGAAAUGUCAUUUCUUACUUUGAGAGAGAUGAUUUAAAUGAUUCGGCUGCCUUGGCAAACGCAUACAUAAAUGCUGCAGCCUUGUCUGUCUGUACCCUAAUUUUAGCUGUGGUUCAUCACAUAUACUUCUAUCAUGUGCUCCGGGCUGGCAUGAAACUUCGAAUAGCCAUGUGUCACAUGAUUUAUAGGAAGGCGCUUCGUCUUAGCAAUACAGCAAUGGGAAAAACAACAACAGGACAAAUUGUAAAUCUUUUGUCAAAUGAUGUGAAUAAGUUUGACCAGGUUACAAUUUUCUUGCAUUUUCUAUGGGUUGCCCCACUGCAGGUCAUAGCAGUGACUGUGCUACUUUGGAUGGAAAUUGGCCCAUCUUGCCUUGCAGGGAUAUCUGUCCUUAUCAUACUGAUGCCUUUGCAAUUUGGUCUAGGAAAAUUCUUUACUUCGUUAAGGGGGAAGACUGCAGCUUUCACAGACACCAGAAUUCGAACCAUGAAUGAAGUAAUAUCUGGGAUGAGAAUAAUUAAGAUGUAUGCAUGGGAGCAAUCGUUUUCAGAGCUGGUUAAUAACAUUCGCAAGAAGGAGAUAAACAAAGUCCUUCGAAGCUCAUACCUUCGCGCCCUGAACUUGGCAUCAUUCUUUGUUGCAAGCAAAAUCAUAUUGUUUGUGACAUUCACCACAUAUGUUCUGCUUGGCAAUGUUAUCUCUGCAAGUCGAGUAUUUGUUGCAGUGUCCCUUUAUAGUGCAGUGAGACUCACUGUCACUCUCUUCUUCCCCUCAGCUGUUGAGAAAGCAUCGGAGGCAAGGGUCAGCAUAAGGAGGAUAAAGAAUUUCUUAUUGCUUGAUGAAAUCUCCAAACCAGCCUUAGAACUGUCAGAGGAAAAUGAAGAAAAUCUUUUAGUUCAAAUUCAAGAUCUGACAUGCUAUUGGGACAAGACAUUGGAAAUACCCACGCUUCGAAAUAUCUCGUGCAGUGUAAGGCCAGGGGAAUUACUGGCUGUAAUCGGACCAGUUGGAGCAGGGAAAUCUUCCCUGCUGAGUGCUGUGCUCGGAGAAUUGCCAAAAGACAAAGGCUUUGUGGAUAUCCGAGGAAGAAUUGCCUAUGUCUCCCAACAGCCGUGGGUGUUUUCUGGUACUGUUAGAAGUAACGUAUUGUUUGGGAAAGAAUAUGUCCAAGAAAAGUAUGAAAAAGUCCUGAGAGCAUGCGCUCUUAAAAAGGACAUGCUGCAGUUAAAUGAUGGGGACCUGACUAUGAUAGGAGACAGAGGUGUAACACUGAGUGGUGGGCAGAAAGCACGUGUAAAUCUCGCAAGGGCUGUGUACCAAGAUGCUGAUAUUUAUUUGCUGGAUGAUCCUCUAAGUGCUGUCGAUGCAGAGGUUGGAAGGCAUUUAUUUGAAAAGUGCAUCUGCCAGGCUCUGCGCAAAAAGCUUUGCAUUUUAGUGACUCAUCAACUUCAAUAUCUCAGUGCUGCUAAACAAAUACUGAUACUAAAAGAGGGCCAAAUGAUUGGAAAGGGAACAUUUCAAGAACUACUACAGUCAGGUAUCGACUUUGCUUCUCUUUUGAAAAGUGAGGAAGAGGAGCAGUCACAGCCUCAAGAAAGUCAACUGAUAAAGUCAUCAAGGAACCGUACAUUUUCUGAGUCAUCUGUGUGGUCCCAGGAUUCUUCAGUACAAUCACAAAAAGAAGGAGCCACAGACCAUCUUGCUACUGAACCUGUUCUUACUGCAAUUCCUGAGGAAAGCCGCUCUGAAGGAACUGUGGGCUUCAAAGUGUACAAGAAGUAUUUUACUUCUGGGUCUAGCUACCUGAUGCUUUUUGUAGUUUUCCUGCUUACUAUUUUGUCACAGGUUGCCUAUGUUUUGCAAGAUUGGUGGCUUUCUUACUGGGCAAACGAACAGGGGAAACUAAAUGUCACUUCAGAAACAAACAGCACGGAAUCAAAAACAGAGCAACUAGACCUCACCUUGUAUUUGGGAGUGUAUGCAGGUUUGACAGCUGCAACAAUCAUUUUUGGUGUCCUGCGUUGCUUGCUGGUUUUCCGUGUUCUUGUUUAUGCCGCUCAGACUUUGCACAAUCAAAUGUUCCAAUCCCUUCUCAACGCUCCAAUCCUGUUUUUUGACAGAAAUCCGAUUGGGAGGAUUCUAAAUCGUUUUUCCAAAGAUAUUGGACACCUGGAUGACUUGCUCCCUUUUACGUUUCUGGACUUUAUACAGGUGUUUCUCCAAAUUUUGGGUGUUAUUGCUGUUGCAGUGUCUGUGAUUCCAUGGAUUUUGGUACCCUUGCUUCCUCUUGUUAUUGUAUUUUACUUUUUGCGGAGAUACUUCUUAGACACAUCAAGAGAUAUCAAACGACUUGAAUCAACUACUCGAAGUCCAGUCUUCUCCCACUUAUCAUCUUCCCUCCAGGGGCUUUGGACAAUUCGUGCUUUCAGAUCUGAGAAGCGCUUUCAAGAUUUAUUUGAUGCCCAGCAAGAUCUUCAUUCCGAGGCCUGGUUUUUGUUCCUCACCACAUCUCGUUGGUUAGCUGUACGUCUUGAUGCCAUCUGUGCUGUGUUUGUUGUAGCCCUAGCUUUUGGGUCAAUAAUCCUUGCUGAAAAUCUUGAAGCAGGGCAGGUCGGUUUAGUAUUAUCUUAUGGCAUCACACUCAUGGGAUCCUUCCAGUGGGGAGUGAGACAAAGUGCUGAAGUUGAGAAUCUGAUGAUAUCUGCUGAAAGAGUUAUGGAGUAUACUCAACUUGAAAAAGAAGCGGAAUGGGAAACUAAGAAUCACCCUCCCGCAGACUGGCCAAAUAAAGGCAUGAUCACAUUUGAAAAUGUCAAUUUUUCCUACAGCCUAGACGGACCACUUGUAUUAAGGCACUUAAAUGCUUCAAUCAGACCAAAAGAAAAGGUUGGAAUAGUAGGCAGAACCGGAGCAGGAAAGAGUUCACUAAUAGCUGCCCUUUUCAGGCUGGCUGAACCAGAAGGAAAAAUCUGGAUUGAUAAAUAUUUAACAUCUGAACUUGGUCUACAUGACCUUCGGAAAAAAAUGUCAAUUAUACCACAGGAACCCGUUUUAUUCACUGGAACAAUGAGAAAAAACCUUGAUCCUUUUGAUGAGCACGCAGAUGAGGAAUUGUGGGCUGUUCUAGAAGAGGUUCAACUUAAAGAAGCAGUAGAAGAGUUGCCAGGAAAAAUUGAGACCCAGUUGUCUGAAUCAGGCUCCAAUUUUAGUGUUGGUCAAAGACAACUUGUGUGCCUUGCCCGGGCAAUAUUGAGAAGAAACCGAAUAUUGAUUAUUGAUGAAGCUACAGCAAAUGUGGAUCCAAGAACAGAUGAACUGAUUCAGAAGACUAUAAGAGAGAAAUUUGCUGAAUGCACAGUACUGACAAUUGCACACAGGCUCAACACUAUUAUUGACAGUGAUAAGAUUAUGGUGCUGGAUUCUGGAAGAGUUAAGGAAUAUGAUGAACCAUAUGUUUUGCUACAAAACAAAGAGAGCCUUCUCUACAAAAUGGUGCAACAAGUGGGAAAGGCUGAAGCAACUGCUUUAAAUGAAGCAGCCAAACAGGUAUACUUGAAAAAAAUCAAUCAAGAAAACACCAAAAACAGAAUAAGAGACAACACUGAACCAUUUAUUAUUUUUGAAACUGCUUUGUGAUUUUUGCCCUUGGGUACAAGAUUUUAGUUAUUGACUCAGUUUAGCAUACAUAGUGGUAAUGCGGAAGUGCAAUAACCUGGAGAUCAUGGAGAUGGAACUUUAUUUCACUGAAAAUGCAGCGUUUUCAAAGGAUUAGGCCAAAAAUACAGCUCCAACACUUGCAUGAGAAGUCAUUAUUUUCUAUGCCAACUCUGGAGUUCUGGUGACCCAAGAAGAGUCAUACUUGCAGACUGUUCUGUGUCCUCAAAUACAGUGAUUCAGGCAAAACACAGAGCCAUGUGCCCUGGACAAGAUGACAACACUUCGUAUCAGUUGUCAAAAAUGGGCAUCAUAAUUCUUUAAUUCAGUGUGUUUUCACAUGGGCCAGAUUCAAUUAGAUGAGAAAGACUUAUCUACUUUUUCAUUUCCAGUUUAUCAUGUGAAAACUCUAUUGAAGUCCACUGGAAAAACUCAAACCAAAUAGUUUUUUUACUCCUCAAAUUUAAUCUCUCCCAUAGGUUUUCACGUGAUAAACCAUAAAAUAACUUUUUUUCUCAUGUAGUUAAAUAUGGCCCAAUUACCAGGUUUUAGAAAUAUCUAUGCUUUUAGGGUGUCUUUUUAGAUUUUAGACUUGCCAGUUAUAUCUGUUAUCAUAUAUGUAGGCAGUGAUAACGGAUUAUUUUCAGCCUAUUGUACAAUUUGUGGCUGGAUGAUACAGUUGUGUGUACACAGUACACAGCAAUCUUUAGCCUGUAAAAGUUCUGGAAUGUUUUUGUAGCAUUUAUGGUCAGUGCGUACAUUUCAGUUAAUUGAAUGUAGGACAAGGAAAUCCUACACAAUGUCUGGAUCAAUGCUUUGCUAAAAAGCAUCUACACAUUUAAUUUUAUAAGCCUUCCAGUGUAAUGGGUACUGUAUACACUAUAGCUCAGUCAGAGAAAACCUUCAGCACUUCACCUGUUGGAGGACUGCAAUUUUCAUAAAACCUCUGCUUACUAAAGUAAUCGGGGAGAUAUUGUUGUCCAACUAAAGGUUGCUUAUUUCACUGUAGAGCACAUUCUACUGUAUAAACAAAUUGACGCUAGCUUUUUGAGGGACAAAAAGCCUAGGGGUUAACUAAUUUAACUCCCAAAACAUUUUAAGCCUAAUAUAAUUGUGCCUUAUUAGUUAAUAUUCGUUUAUUAAUCACUGUUUAAAAAAUAAUUAUAAAUGCUGUUGUGUUGUAUGUAAGGACAUAUGGAAGCUUAUCACUUGUGCCUAUACUUAGGGGCAGAUUUAUCAAUGGUCGAAGUUUGAAGUUAAAAAAACUUUGAAUUCAAAAACACCAAUCGAAUAGUGGUCGAAGUUUUUUGGGGUCGAAGUGGGCCUACUUCGAAUCGUACGAUUCAAAGUAGCGCUCCUUCGAGCUACUUCGAUUCGAUUUUUUUAACUUCGACCUUCGAUCUCCCAAACCCCCCCCAAUUGCCUCCAUACAGGUUCUAGGAGGUCCCCCAUAGGCUAAAAUAGCACUUCGGCAGCUUUUAGGUGGC